AUGUGGGGCCUCCUCCGAGGUGGAUACCCCUUCCGGACCCUCCUGCCCCUACGUGGGAAAUGGAUGGGUCGGAGGGGUGGUCCCCGAAGCUUGGCCCCAGGACCUCCUCGCAGACGGUAUAGGAAGGAAGCUCUUCCAGCCGUGGAGGUACCACUGUUGCCAGUAACAACGACUGAAAUCCGCCAGUAUCUGCGGACCCAUGGAAUCCCCUUCCAGGAUGGCCACAGCUGCCUGCGGGCACCCAGUCCUUUUUCUGAGACCUCAGAGCAGAGGGACCGCACUGGUGUUACCAAGCCCUUCAGCCUCUUCAUUGACAAGACUACAGGCCGCUUUCUUUGCAUGACCAGCUUAGCCGAGGGGAGCUGGGAAGACUUCCAAGCCAGCGUGGAAGGCCGAGGGGACACAGCUAAGGAGGGGGUCCUGCUUAGUGAGACUCCAGAAGCUGCAGACGUUGAGGAAGUCCGGAGGAUUUGGGACCGAGCUGUACCCCUCUGGGAGCUGCCUGAUGCAGAGGAAGCCCAGCUUGCUCGUGUGAUGUUUGGCCUCACCAGGUUGACAGAUGACACACUCAAGCGUUUCAACGUGCGGUAUCUGCGGCCUGCUCGCAGCCUUGUCUUUCCUUGGUUCUCCCCUGGAAGUUUGGGAUUACGAGGACUGAAGCUAAUCAGGGCUGAAGGCCAGGGGGAGAGUGUGCACUAUGUAGAGAACACCAUUCCCCGACCUGGUGCUUACCACAAUCUGUUUGGCUUACCACUGAUCAACCGCAGAGAUGUUGAAGUGGUACUGACUGGUCGUGAACUGGACAGCCUAGCUUUGAGCCAGUCCCUAGGGCUGCCCACCCUUGCUCUACCCCGGGGGACCACCUGCUUACCUCCUGCCUUACUGCCUUACCUCGAGCAGUUCAGACGUAUUGUGCUCUGGCUGGGGGAUGACCUUCGAUCCUGGGAAGCUGCUAAGUUGUUUGCCCGAAAACUGAACCCAAAGCGAUGCUCCUUGGUGCGGCCUGGGGACCAGCAGCCUCGCCCACUGGAGGCCCUGAACCAUGGCUUAAAUCUUUCUCGUAUCCUGCGGGCUGCCCUUCCUGCCUGGCACAAGUCUAUCGUGUCCUUUCGGCAGCUUCGGGAGGAGGUGCUCGGAGAACUGUCAAAUGUGGAGCAAGUAGCUGGUGUCCGCUGGAGCCGCUUUCCAGACCUCAAUCGGCUCUUAAAGGGGCAUCGGAAGGGAGAGCUGACAGUUUUCACAGGACCAACAGGUAGUGGAAAGACGACAUUCAUCAGCGAGUAUGCCUUGGAUUUGUGUACCCAGGGGGUGAACACAUUAUGGGGAAGCUUUGAGAUCAGCAAUGUGAGACUCGCUCGGGUCAUGCUGACACAGUUCGCAGUGGGCCGGCUGGAAGAACAACUGGACAAAUAUGAUGAAUGGGCUGAUCGCUUUGAAGACCUUCCCCUCUAUUUCAUGACUUUCCAUGGGCAACAAAGCAUCAGGACGGUAAUAGAUACUAUGCAACAUGCAGUCUAUGUCUAUGACAUUUGUCACGUGGUGAUCGACAAUCUGCAGUUCAUGAUGGGUCACGAGCAGCUGUCCACAGACAGGAUUGCAGCUCAAGACUACGUUGUCGGGGCCUUCCGGAAGUUUGCUACAGACAAUAGCUGUCAUGUGACAUUGGUCAUUCACCCACGGAAGGAAGAUGAUGACAAGGAGUUACAGACCGCAUCCAUUUUCGGCUCAGCCAAAGCAAGUCAGGAAGCCGACAACGUUCUGAUUCUGCAGGACAGAAAGCUGGUAACUGGGCCAGGGAAACGGUAUCUGCAGGUGUCCAAGAACCGCUUUGAUGGAGAUGUUGGCGUCUUCCCCCUUGAGUUCAACAAGAACUCCCUUACCUUCUCCAGCCCGCCAAAGAGCAAGGCCCGACUCAAAAAGAUCAAGGACGACAAUGGACUAGUGACCAAGAAGCCUUCUGGCAAAAAAGGAGCUUUGUCCCAGGACUCAGAGUCGUGCCCAGACCAGGCCCCCAAGUCGCGGGCGCCGGGAGCCGAGCCGGGAGCCGGCUGCAGCCGGGGGAGCGGGCAUAACUGCGGCGCGGAGGUGACGGAGCUGGAACGGCGGUGCAGGGCGCGCUGGCCUGAGGGACAGUGCGAGUGGAACCUCAGUGAGCAGGACAUUCUGUUGUCGCGUGCUUGUCGCGACGGUGGGGGAAAGGGGCAGCUCUGUGACCGCCGACGGGGGCGGGCCGGGUGGGACGCAUCCGGAGAUUCCUGCUUCCCCGCCGCCACCCUCAGAUAUGAGAAGACUUUCUGUGUCAAUGGGCAGCUGCUUCCAACCAUCCGGUACUACCAGCCCAGGCAGCAGCUGCCUGCCCAUAUCCUCCCCUUCCUACCACCCUGUACCCUUGGCAGGACUGGGCAUUCCUCCCCCAUAGUGCAGAAGCAGGAAGCCACCCAUGCCACCAGGUGGCGCCGUCUCCGCAAAUCCAAGUGUGCCGCCCUCGAGCGGCUGGGGGUGGGGCAGGCACCACCCGAGCCUCGCCCCCAGACGUGUACUGGGGCCCGAGACCCCAGUAGAUGGGCUGCCCUCGGCCCCGGGGCCCCGGUCGAGGGAGAGAGGGUGACCCGCUGCUGUCGAGCCCGCCGAUGCACAGAUAAUAGGCCUCGGAAGGAGGAAGCCCGCUUCCCGCCACGCAGCCGCCGCGCGCGCCCGGCCGGCCACGAGUGA